CGAGGGCGCCGAAAAUGGCCUCCUUCACCCCGCCCGCUGCACUCUGGCCAGUACCCAGCCGCCAUAGCUAUAAAUAUCCUCUCCCCAACUGUCUUCCAUCCAACAUUAUCUCCUCUUUCCGACUCAACCACCAUCCCAGAGCUCUCCCUCUCCUUGUGCCUCCGUGCUAUCUAUUCAGUCGUGCAUUAAAACGUCUCGAGCCCUUCGGCAGUUCCUUUCCACGGUCGGCAUAAUCUCCUGACCAUGCAUCGUCGUCGGAGGCCCAAUGUCAGCAACCACCGAAUCACCAGCAAUUCCUCUUGUACCUCUCCCAUCGAUACCGACAGUAACAGACCGUUCGAGCCCGACUCCUCUGAGACCGAUCUUACCGAGCCGGAGUGUUCCCCUCCAGCUGGUCGAUAUAUUACUAGGAAGAAGUCAAGUCCAAGUACUGGGACAAAACCGUCACAACUAGACACAUCGAAUGUGGAGCGUGUCCACCACGCCCUAUACCAACUUCCAGAUAAUAACACGGAUAAGGACCUGGCCCAGGUACCGGAGGAUUACGGCCGAUCCAACAAUACAAAGAAGCUGAAACUUCAACUGAAAGAGCGUUGGGCUUAGU